GAUAACUUUAACUUCUCAAGGCCCGUAAUCAUUACUUAUUUCUUUCAAGUCCGGGUACUCUCAACGCUCCGGAAUCCCAUCCUCGCGGAGUGACGCCCACUCCAAGCCGGCGGCGGAACGCUAAUGAGAGUUACCUCCUCUUGUCUGUUACUUUAUAACGGCUACCCGGACCUGGCUCACCUCAUUCCCUCAUCGUCAACCAUCGGCAGACGAGAUAUUUUCAUCUUUAGGUGAGUCGAUUGCUACUUCACGUGUGUCUCUUCUUUCAUUAAGUAUGUAGCUCUCCCGGGACCGUGUCCUGACGUCAUUUACAUGAACUUUAAGGCCAUUCAAUACCAGAAUGGCACAAGCACGCCCCUAGCCCCAUCCCGUCUUUUUUUUGUUUUAGAUGAGUGUUGAUGAAUGUUUUUUUAAUUCUAAAAAUCAAAUAUUAUCUUCCAGUAACGUAUCAUCUUCCAGUAACAUAUCAACUUCCAGUAACAUAUCAACUUCAGUAGCUUAUCAACUUCCAGUAAAAUAUCAACUUCCAGGAACAUAUCAGCUUCCAGUAACAUAUUAACUUUCCGUAACAUAAUACCUUCCAGUGAAAUAUCAACUUUCAGUAGUAUGUCAACUUCCGGUAACAUAUCAACUUCAGUAGGAUAUCAACCUCCAGAAAAAUAUCAACUUCCAGGAACAUAUCCGCUUCCACUAACAUAUUAACUUCCCGUAACAUACCAACUUCAACAUAUCAGGAUUUAAAACAUUCUUAUGUUCAUGAAUAAUUAUUUUUAAGAAUAAAAAUGACUAAUCCGUAAAAUCUAGUAAUUAAUUUAUUGAUUGAUACAAGUGAAACUACUGAUCUUAACUUAUUUAUCAGGGACUCCCAUUGCUAAAGCUUCUGAACCCUUAAUUAUUAAGCUUCAUGUUGAAAUUAUCGAAGACAGUCCGAUUUACAAUCACACGGAAAUCAAAUGCAAGCUGAUCAAUGAAAACUUCUAGUGUCUGGCAAUCACAGCAAUAUUGAAAGUGACAAAAAAAGUGUAUUUAAUCAAAAUUAUAGUUUCUUACUCUCAAAGUCUUUGUAGGCGAAAUAUUAUAUUGUCUUAUUCUAAAUGUCUUUGUAGGCCACACAUUAUAUUGUCUUAUUAUAAAUUUCAUAGUAGGCCACACAUUAUAUUGUCUUAUUAUAAAUUUCAUAGUAGGCCACGCAUUAUAUUGUCUUAUUAUAAAUUUCAUAGUAGGCCACACAUUAUAUUGUCUUAUUCUCAAUGUCUUAGUAGGCCACAAAUUAUAUGGUCUUAUUUCUAAAUGUCUUUGUAAGCCACACAUUAUAGUUUCUUAUGCUAAAUGUCCAAAAAUUGUUCUUUACAUUUGUCUGUUAACGUUGCGUGAUGAUUUUAUGAAAUCACCUACGGAGUGCUUAUGAUAAAGUGAACAGCAAGAUUACCCUUUAGAGCAGGCCUGCACAACUCAAACUGUAAGGCGGGCCGUAAUACUUUACGAAAAACUUUUGCGGGCCAAAAGAAAAUAGGACAGGGGGUAAGCUAUUAAGAAUGAGGAGCCAGAAUGAUCAAUUCAUUGAUCGUGGGUCCUUAAAAUAAAGAAGAAGAAGAAGACAGAAAGUAAUGAGAAUAAAGAAUAUUUUAUUACUUCGCUGGCUACAAAGUGGGUGCUAGCGGGCCUCAUAUGGCCUGCGGGCCUUAUGUUGUGCAGGCCUGCUUUAGAGCAUGCAUUUUAUAACCUAAAUAUAUGAUCAAUAUACUCAUAUGAACAUAGCAUACAACUUAACAAAAAAGAAUGCAAACAACUGUACCUUCGAGUUUUCUGACAACAACGUUAUUUUAAGGCUUAAUUGAUUGAUGUUUUACAUUUUGAUACUAGUGGGCGUUGUGACAGCGUGAGUUACGUUAAAAGCAGAGCCUGAAAUAUUCUACUAGAAGUAUGAAUUAUAUGAUUAAUUGCUAAUAUCGCUAACAUGGCUUACGUUUUAAAAACAUGGCUGAGGUUGUGUUUCUUCAUGUGAGAAUCGCUAAUCUGGCAUGGGGUAGCUACCAUUGAAAACCCAGAUUGCAUACAACGACAAUGUCCAACUUGGUCUCUGUGUGGUAUCCAAUAUUCCGACAGUGUUACCGUAAUACCCUUGAGUACAUUACGCAGUUAAAUCUCGAGGCCGUGCUACUAGCAUUCAAGUACCGGAUGUCUCCCGUGCUUUGGAGAUUUAAGUCUAUUAUUUUCAGCCUUUCAAAAUCCCCCCAAAAAUGUCAUAAAACAUGUGUUUUAUUAUUCCGUUUAUUAGCAGCACUUAUAUAAACUAACUCUGAGACAAAAUACACGUUUUUCAUUUCUAACUGACCCGUUAUCUGAUUUAAACCCGGUAAGACUAAAAGGAUGUUGAAAACAGCAGACGAAAAGGAUGGUGAAAACAGCAGACGAAAAGGAUGAUGAAAACAGCAGACGAAAAGGAUGGUGAAAACAGCAGACGAAAAGGAUGAUGAAAACAGCAGACGAAAGAGAUGAUGAAAACAGCUGACGAAAGGGAUGAUGAAAACAGUACACGAAAAGGAUGAUGAAAACAGCAGACGAAAAGGAUGAUGAAAACAGUAGACGAAAAGGAUGAUGAAAACAGCAGACGAAAAGGAUGAUGAAAACAGCAGACGAAAAGGAUGAUGAAAACAGCAGACGAAAAGGAUGAUGAAAACAGCAGACGAAAAGGAUGAUGAAAACAGCAGACGAAAAGGAUGAUGAAAACAGUAGACGAAAAGGAUGAUGAAAACAGCAGACGAAAAGGAUGAUGAAAACAGCAGACGAAAAAGAUUCUAUGGGUUCAAUUGACAAGUUCGACAAAUAAAAUACAAGUCAUUCUUCACAAUGAUCCUUGCUAUUUAUAAAUCACAAUGGACGAGAUGUGUGCGCGCUGUAUAAAAACAAAGCUAAUUAAUGGACACGUCUGAUUGUUAUCAUAGGUUCCCCAGGCAGUUGUUUGUUUUUCAAAUAGUUUAUGGCAACCUGCCAGAGCUGGGGUGCAUGGUUGGUGCGAUGCCGACGCAGCGAAAUUCAGGCGUUGUUUUGUUUACCUGCCUGCAAGUAAGCGAACUCUGCCCCUUUACGUUCAGAACGAUUUUCACUACACCAAAGAAAUGUUGUUGUUUUUUUUCUACGAAUAAGAUUAAUAUAUUAGUACAUUUAAAUAAGAGUUGACAGCACGAUUGGAGUAGUGCAUCCUGUCUUUAAAGAAGGUGAAUAAAAUGGUGUUAGGAACAUUAAUUGUUGUAACUUCAUCAGGCCUGUGUACAUAUACGACAUUUUAAAAAAAAAUGAUACAUAAAUCAUUUAUUUUUUUUAAAUGCCCCCCUCUUCCCCCCGUUUUAUAUGAAAAAUGAAAGUUUGCUGAACUUUUAGAAGUUGUGUACCAUCAAUUUAAAACUGUUUAUUGGUGUCUGUGAUUAGUUCAAGUUUAAAUAAUCAAGGGUUAUUUCCAAAUUAAGAUAAUUAUGCCACAUAAAAUAUAAAGCCCCGAGACACGAAAGUCAAGGAAAUAAUAACCUAUUUUGGCUCCAUGUAGACCAGUUCUGACAACGAUCAUCCAUCCCUGUGGCGCUACAGCCCCUGUAGGGCUUCGGCCUGCCUCACCACUUCCCUCCACUCAGACCUAACUAAUGCUUUUCUUUCACAUGCCUGGCUGCCCAGAUUUCUCCAUCGUCCUAGAUCUACUUUGAGCCGUUUUCCUCUGGAGUUUUGGUGGUGCACCCUCUUCACUCCACUGUCAUUUGGCUUUCUUUCUAAGUUUCCCGCCCAGCGUAUGUAGCCUGCUCUUUUUUCUUUUUUUCUGACACUAGCGUAGGAUCCUGAUGGAGAGGCGUAGCGAUGGGGGGGGGGAGGCAGGGGGCAGGGGGGACAGAUGUCCCCUGGCGCAAGCUAGUUAGGGGCGCCAAAAUGUGAUUUGAUAUAAUAGUAUUGGUAAAAAUAAUUGGUUUGAGAGUUGAAAAAAAGAAAAGGGGGCGCUUUAAAAUGGAUCUUGUCCCCGGGCGCCAAACACCCUCGCUACACCACUGUCCUGAUGCAGACUGUACAAUUCAUGGUUGGCUUGUAUUCUCCAUCGAUAUUCAUCCUUAGUUGGUCCGUAUCUUUCCCACAGAACUUUUCUCUCCCAUGAGUUUAAUAGGUUUUCUGCCGUUUUUUGAGCGAAUAACCUAUUGUGGCGCCAAUUAAACCAGCUCUGCUUACAGCUUUUUUUCUUUUUUUCUUAAGAAGGAUAAUAAAUAAUUUCUUUUGGGUUAUAUUUUGUUUUAUGAAAUUUUUCGCCCACAAAAUAGUGUUUGGAUGCUCAAAAAUGUGAUUUUGAAGAGAGAACAAAACACAAUUAGACUGGUUUGGCUGAUCGCUCGUGCAUAGAAAUUAUCAAUUUACUUCUGUUCUUUGCUCUUGAAGUUUCCGCUACUGUCUUCUUUAAUUUUCAGAAUAUCUUAAGCAAUAACUUAUUUUUUACAUGCAAUUUAGCGCCAGGAUUGCCUUCAAUUACUGCUUAACGUAAGAGAAUCAUUUCUAGAUUAAAAAGUCGGAGAAACAUACCACAAAAAAAAAACUUAAAUGUCUAGAGAGCAAUUUAUAAAAAAAAUACCCAGUGCUCUUUAACAAACAAUCGCAUCUCUUCCAGGGCGCAGAUUGAAAGAUUGAAUGUAAACCUUAUUCUACUUAAUCUAUGUUCUUCGCGAUUUUUAGAAAUGCAAGACAAGGUUUCCCUUCCGUGUUUAUCAAAAGAGAGUCGCUCUAAAUAGACUGAGCUUGUUGACGGCUGUCUGACGUUAGGGCUAUCAGUUUUACAGGAGAACAAACAUUCCAUACGUGUUGAGUUAUGUUUUUUUUAAAUCUCUUAAACUUCCAAUGACGAGGGAUCUAUGCUGGAGAUUGUGGAAUUGUUAACACAUGCUGGAGAAUGUGGGCUUGUGAACACAUGCUGGAGAAUGUGGGCUUGUGAAGACAUGCUGGAGAAUGUGGGCUUGUGAAGACAUGCUGGAGAAUGUGCGCUUGUGAAGACAUGCUGGAGAAUGUGGGCUUGUGAACACACGAUGGAGAAUGUGGGCUUGUGAACACCGUCUGGAGAAUGUGGGCUUGUGAACAUAUGCUGGAGAUUGUGGGCUUGUGAACACAUGCUUUAGAAUGUGGGCUUGUGAACACACGCUGGAGAUUGUGGGCUUGUGAAGACAUGCUGGAGAAUGUGGGCUUGAGAACACAUGCUGGAGAUUGUGGGCUUGUGAACACACGCUGGAGAUUGUGGGCUUGUGAACACAUGCUGGAGAUUGUGGGCUUGUGAACACAUGCUGGGGAUUGUGGGCUUGUGAACACAUGCUGGAGAUUGUGGGCUUGUGAACACAUGCUGGAGAUUGUGGGCUUGUGAACACAUGCUGGAGAUUGUGGGCUUGUGAACACAUGCUGGAGAUUGUGGGCUUGUGAACACACGCUGGAGAUUGUGGGCUUGUGAACACAUGUUGGAGAUUUUGGGCUUGUGAACACAUGCUGCGGAUUGUUGGCUUGUGACCAUAUGCUGGAGAUUGUGGGCUUGUGAAAUCAUGAUGGGGAUUGUGGGCUUGUGAACACAUGAUGGAGAUUGUGGGUUGUGAACACAGGCUCGAGAUUGUGGGCUAAUGAAAAAUUUUGACAUAUCACUUUGAUGCAGUGCAUAGAGGCCUAUAUCGUAAAUCUAAUAUUGAAGCUUAAUUAAACCAGUACUUUGUUGGGAUGGGAGCAGUUUACUAAAACAUUUCAAUGAAGCAAUCAAUAUGUUAAGUGAAAUAUUUCAAUGAAUCUCUCCCUAAAUGGGUCUGGUAAUCAUGUGAAGACGUCAAACAUAAAAUUAUAACUUCAACUUCCAGGUGAGUAAGAAAGUGACCCAGUUCUGAUCUCUACGUAGCUUUAAAAUGGGUCUGUGUGUGGGGGUGGGGUGGGACAUGCCUCGUAUGGUUUCAGCAGACAGGUGUGUUUAGAUGAUACACCUUUCAGGCAAGGUACCGUAGUGAGGAGGCUAGCAGCGAGAGUUGAGAGAUUUGGGAGGGGUUGACGUGGGGGGGUGGGGUGGGGGGGGGGUGGGGGGAGUUGGGGGGGGGUGUGGGGGGGGGGGGGGGGGAACGCCAAUUACUGUCUAUGACUAAUUCUUGUUAGUGUGUGUGGUUGUGAUUGUGUGUAUGUGUUUGUGAUGGUGCGUUGGGAAGAAGAAAGUGCACGUUUGUUUAGCUCGGUAGAGAUUUUAUUGUUAAAAGUUUUAUGAACUGAAAGUGCCUCCCCCCCCCCACCCCAAAAAAAACAAAAAAACUGGGUUUUAUGAUUCAGUAGAGUUGGACCUUCAGGUAAACACUGCUGUUACCCACCUUUCACAGGUACGUGAGAAUACAAAAUCUGCUGACUUAACGGAAGUCAUUGGCCAGCUUUGAUAUUUUAAAUUACCUUACUGCCAUAGACAUUAGCAUUCUUGGGUAAAAUAUUUCGUUGACAUAAUUCAUUAGAACCAGUGGCAUAGGAUGGGGAAUGUGGAAGGAGGGCUGGCCACCCCCAGGUGGCAAUUUUAUUUCUUCACAAAUGAGGGAUGCCGUUUUCGGCCAACUGUAGAAUUAUUUUUUUUUGGAAGUGGGUACAGAAGAAUCUUUGCCCGCCCCUCGUGGCGCUAACCCUUGGUACGCCAUUGGUAAGAACAUGAUAUCUCUCAGUAUAUUUUCCAGUCUCUUCUAUACCUCAACCUUUAAACGUACUACAUUAUUCCAUAUUUGGCUAAACUAACAAGCUUUAUUAGAGGCAGACAUAAAGAUAACUAUUCUCGUACAGUGGUUCAUUAAAGUGAACAAAAUGUCAACUGAAAUUUUGCAUAUCUUUCGAGAAUCAUUGAAACAUCAAAAAAUUAGUUAACUUGAAAAGUUCUAGUAAUCAUUUUUUUUUUUUAAGUUGAUCAAAUUAUUCUAGAUCUGCAAAUGACUGACCACUUAGCCUACAAACUUGAAGACAUAUUUACAUCGCUUGGAGCUCCAUUGAUUCUACAGUCCGAUAAUGGUCGAGAAUUUUCCAAAAAUACGGUGAACAACCUAUGUGAUUAUUGGCUGAGGUUGAAGAUCGUCCAUGGUAACAGCGCCACUCACAAAGCCAGGGAAAUGUCGAAAGAGCUUAUCAAGACAUCGAAAACAUGCUAUGUGCUUGGAUGCAAGAUGAAAAAACUGACAUCUUGACUGAAAAAUUACACUUCGUCCAACUUAUAAAGAACAGGGCUUUCCAUUCUGGGAUUAAUAAAACCCCUCAUAAAGCUCUAUUUUGCUGCAAAGCUAAAUUGGGCCUCGCAACGUCUUCCCUACCGUCUGGCGUUUUGCAAGAUAAAGAGACUGAGAUUGAAAUGGAGAAUGUAAUAGAAAGCAUACAAACAACACAGCAGGAAGGAGCAAAUCACUAGAGGCAAGAUACAGAGCCUACUUCACAGGAUACUGAAGAGAAUGCAACCAAUAAUGGAGGAAACAAAACUGAUUGUGACAGCAAGGUUACCGAAGAGCCUUCCACUUCUGCUGUUUGUUGUCUCUACUUAAAAUAAAGCAGCGGUGCCUAUACAUGCCGAAACUGUCACCGUAACGUUCAUGUUAUCUAUGGGCAUGCUGCUAAAGACGANAAGUCUUUAACACACUCUUAUAGCAAGUCUUUAACACACUCUUAUAGCAAGUCUUUAACACACUCUUAUAGCAAGUCUUUAACACACUCUUAUAGCAAGUCUUUAACACACUCUUAUAGCAAGUCUUUAACACACUCUUAUAGCAAGUCUUCAAACCCAAUCGCUUUUUAUUUUGUUUUGCAUUUUUAUUUAAUUUUUAAAAAAUUUUUUUAAGUUUGUAAAUCAUUAUAUUAUGUAUAUGACAUCGUCGCCAGCAUUCACAAAUCAUGUGGAUACUUCUUUGAGCCACUUAUGCGUUUGCCACAUUAUUGGUUCCAUCUCUAAAUGCAACAUACUAACAAAGUAUCCACGCAUCAUACAUAACACGUCAUAUUACACCAAUGGAUACAUUUAGAUGUGUAAUAUUUUCUUGUGUAAGAACAUGUGAUUAAUUUGUAUUCUUCCACUUUUAGUUUUCUAACAUGCCUUUUCCCCUGAGUCAGCUUUUCAUCUACAACAAAGACGUAUAAAUGAUAAGCAUAAAUAAUUCAUAACUGAUAAGCAUUGCACCCAAGUACUUAACAACUUUCGUAUAUUAUGUUGGGUAUAUUUGCGUAACAUGUCUGGAACUAUCCAUGUUUCCAUCUAUGGCGCUUAUGCUGUUUUCGGUUCAAAUCUCUAGCGAUGUUUUGGUAUCCAAAGAUUCAGCUCGGUGUAUACAAUUUUUGUAAUCGUGCUUUUCAAAUUUUUUGGAGAAAAAAAGUUAUUUUAAAGACUGCGUAAAAUUAUCUAACUGAAAAUGUUAUUCACCAAAUGAGUGAAUUACUCGAAUUAAAAUUACCGUCUGUGUGUAAGGCAAAUUGUUUUUCUUUUUUUUUUUUUUAAAUUUUAAUUGCCAUGCCUUUGACUUUUCCGUUUUCCGUUGGACACUGAGCUGUUCUGGCUUCUGGGUAUUUUAAAUCGGAAGAAAAACACAUUUAGAACUGAUGGUUUAAAAAAAUAAAUAAGAAAAGUAUUUCACGAAAAGAAGAGCAACAUCUACAGGUAACUGUUGAGGAAGUCAACUCUGGAACACACGGCUUGUUGAGGAACAGGUCAUUUCACUGAUUCUAGUGAAAUACUGCUCACACAUGUCCCACCACUCCGACCUACCCCAACCUACCUGCUCCUCUCCCCCCCCCCCAAUUCCCCAAGGAAUGUGCCGGUUCUGUUUUUGAUCUGAAGACUCCGUGUUUCCUUCUAUAAAUAGAACAGGCGACGGGAAAUGAGUGCUCGGAAAGGCAGGUGAAGGGAAGGUAAAGGCUUGAUAAGAAAUAGUUGUGUGAUGAAUUCACCUCACUGUUUUGCCCGGUGAGCACAUUUCGCCAUCCCGUGUUGUGAUUCUGCUGAGCUGAGGGUAAGCUCCCGGGUGUCUUCACGUUUAGAAAAGUAAUGUCCGUAGCAUAUCGGAAGUGAUUUCUAGCAUUACUGUUGGUCAGAUUAUCAUUUGAUUCAUUUUUAUUUUAUUUGUAUAACUUUACAUUGAUCCUGUUGUCAUGGAAGAUCAAUAAUAAUAAUUGAAUUUCGUAGUGUCAAUACCAAAUGUUUUGUGUCAGUUCUUACGAGUCAGCCCAAUUGAAUUAUUUCACAGACAAGUUCAUUUUUUUUUACCAAGAUUUUUUUGUAACGCAGUUACAAUUCAUUUAUGGAGUCACUAACCCCCCCCCCCCCCCAAAAAAAAAAAAAAAAAAAAAAAUGUUACCUUUCAAUAAAAUUGUUUUUGAAACUUUUUAAUGCCGCAGAGGCCUGAUGUAGGACAGAUAUCUAUAUAUGUUUAAAUUGGUACUAAUCAAAGUUCAUUAAAACUAGAUCCAGGUCAUAAAAGUGGAUCACCCUCGUCUAGUUGGGUAACGUUUCGCUUCGUUUCUCUGAGUUCUCAAUGGACGUGGUCUGUAGGUCCACAGUGUUAUAUUUCGAACUAAUUGUCAACGAGACCUUGCGCGCCAUGUUACCUUUCUGUGGCUUUCAUUUAUAUAAGAACAGUGUUCUUUGUGUUACUUUCACUUAUAUGAGAACAGUGUUCUAUCUGAUACAGUCUUCUUUAUGUUACUUUCAUUUAUAUAAGAAUGUUUCUUUCAUUUAUAUAAGAACAGUGUUCUAUCUGUGAUUUUCAUUUAUUAAAGAACAGUGUUCUAUCAGUGACUUUCAUUUAUAUAAGAACAUUGUUCUUUAUGUUACUUUCAUUUAUAUAAGUACAUUGUUCUUAAUGUUGCUGUCAUUUAUAUAAGAACAGUGUUCUUUAUAUUACUUUCGUUUAUAUAAGAACAGUGUUCUAUCUGUGACUUUCAUUUAUAUAAGAACAGUGCUCUUUAUAUUACUUUCAUUUAUAUAAGAACAGUGUUCUUUAUGUGACUUUCAUUUAAGCAUAUUUGGUUCCAAUAAUUAUUUAGUUCUUGUUUUCAUCUUUCCACAAUUGAAUUUAUUUUACUUUAGAAAAAAAAAUUGAAAUCCUUUUAAAUGUAAAUUUUACUUGUACGCCACGAACUAGUCUAGUGUUCUAUCUGUUGUUUCUUUGCAUAAAGUGUCUAUAGUUUUGUAUUGCUUCGCUCCUAUCAAUCUUACUUCAGUGUGUACCGCCAAAGAUGGUUUGUGUCGUCGUGAUUUCCCAAACACUGGAUGAAACAAAACCAACUGGGCUUUGUUUCACUGUUGACCUCUUAGUUAGGCAGACAACUCUGUUCAUACUGACGGACCUGACUAGUAGAAAACUCCAAGACAUCAUAUGCAUUUUUAUGUGUAUUGUUUCUGAAUAUUUUCCUUCAAAUUAUUUCUGUUUCAUUUCGUUCUAUAUUAAAAAACGUAUCUCAAUGACCAUGAUGAAUACCCAGUCUUUAGACUUCAGUGUGUGGUGUAUAUUUGUGUUCAUGUUGCAGCAGCUCUUUCCAAAUCUUUGAAGUGUUUGCAGCUAUCUUGAGUGUUUGAUAGCUUUGCACCAAGAAAUGUAUUCAUUGACAUUUCUUUGACAGAUCUAAAUGAGUUCAUGUGUUUCCUGUUUUUUUUUAUCAACAGUUGUCAUUCCAGUCACUAGUCUUGAACAAACAAAAUGGCAGACAGGGCUAAGAAAUCUGGCAUUGGAGCUGAGAUUGAGAAGAAAUUGGAAUUGGUGAGUCCGUGUUAGAUUGAAAGUAAUGCCUGUUGGUCAUUUAAACAACAACAACAAAAAAAGAGAAUUAAAAUGAGAUUAUAUAAAAUAUUAAUGAGAUGUUAAUUUAUUAUUCGACUUAGGACGAUGGAUUUAUAAUAUGUAGACAUCGUUAAAUAUUGUGUCAAUCUUUUAAGAAACUUCUUGACAUGACAAAGUUAACCAAAUAAAUCGGUGUUAGUAAAGAAUGUCACAUUUGAUUGUCUUAACCUUUUUACAUGUUUCCGAAGUUUGAUCUCUAACGCCAAAUUUGCGUCCACAGAGAUAUGACCAGGAAGAAGCAGCAGGCACCAUGAACGCCAUCUUGGUGUGGAUUAACGCCAUCACAGCCGGGGAACAUGAAUCAAUUGUAAGUUGUAUUGCGUCCAGGGACUUGGGGGGAGCGGGAAUCGGUGGGUGAUCGCCUCUUUCUGGUGGUAUUUUGUAGAUAAAAUUAUGGUAAAGCUGUAGAUCUUAUUUUCGAUGAGGCUAAUAAGGAAAGAUAGUACAGAAAACGCCAUCUUGGUGUGGAUUAACGCCAUCACAGCCGGGGAACAUGAAUCAAUUGUAAGUUGUAUUGCGUCCAGGGACUUGGGGGGGGGGGAAUCGAUGGGUCAUCUGCUCAUUCUGGUGGUAUUUUGUAGAUAAAAUAUUGGUAAAGCUGUAGAUCUUAUUUUCGAUGAGGCUAAUAAUGAAAGAUAGUACAGACAUCGCCCACAAACUCAUUUAUUAUUGUAGGCCUAACACUUUUUUUUUGACUUAACAUAUCUCCCAACUUGUCUGCACUUUGUGUCCAUUGAUUUAUUUGUUUUCCUUUCUUCACGUUUCAGUAGUUCGCAUAUAUAAUUUCCUUUAUACGCACGUGAAACUCUUGUAAUUUUAUUUAAAGGGAGGUAAAGAGUUUAAUUGUUACAUAUCCUUUAAUGUUGAAUCUAUUGUAGUUUAGCUCCCUUACAAGUUCUUAGUUUCCCUAAAGUUGAUAACUCUAAAAAUGAGUUUAAACAUUUUAAAGAUGUAAAAAUCGCUUAAAAUACUCAAACUUCAAACAUUGUCAGAAGACAUUUAAUUCAAAUCAAUGUGCAUUCAUUCACGGGAUUUAAUUGCCUGACAACAAAUAAAUGUCUUUUUCUCGUAAGGCUUACUUUUUCUUUCUGUUAUUUCACAAAAUCCUCUUCAAUCUGAAUCAAAAAGCUUUUCGAAAUGAACCAAUGGAGUAACAGUUGGAUCAUACUUACAACAUUAGAUCAGUAUUGACCAGAUACCGACACGUUUGGAAAUAGCGUGACCAGGUCACGAUAUAUUUUUGGACACGGGUAGUCUAGUUGACCUUAGGCUUGAACAUAAGUUGACCAUACGUUUGCUGGUUUACUUAGGUGACCACAUAUCAUUAACUCUUGUAGCAUAGUUGUUGGUUUUCUCCCCUUGCAUUUCCGACACCAUAUUAACCCCACCUUAUCCUUGACCUGUUUUCCCCAGGCCAACCAAUCCCAAAAGGAAUUGCACAGGUGUUUGAGAGACGGUGUUAUGCUGUGCAAGUAAGUUUUGACCUGUCACAUUUAACCCUUGACCUAUCAGCAUGGCUUGCAAGAAAUGUAAACAAACAAACAAAGUCCAUUUCUUUAUAACAGCAUGAAUUUCUAAAAUAAAAUUCAUCAGACAAUUCAUCUAGGCAGAGCAGCUGCCUUUCCAUGUUCCACUCGCUUCACUUUAGACACGAUCAGGCUUAACUUUUGUUCUGUAAUCAUUGUCUUUGUUUCACAGCCUGCCUUUGAAUGAGAUACCUAAUCGCUUUCAGCUACAGAUCACUUAAGCUACUUAACAUACUAAUUCUUCAAUCAGUUAAAAUGCUGAUUUCACAUCAAAGUACAAGACUAUUUCAUUCGACCAUUCUUUUGGAGUGUUGAAAAAAAAAGGGUAAUUUAAAAAAAUUUGUUUUUAAAUGACAUAGUAAUUAUUUCCUGGAGUAAGAACUAAGAAUUACUGUAAUGAUUGAUACUCUUUGUUUUAUUUUGGUUGUUAAUUACAUGACUUGGCUCUAUUCGAAUCUCACAGAGCCGCUUGCGUUUUUUAACAGAAACUAAUGCGAACACUCAACCACUUUUGGCAGAUAUUCUGCGAACACUCAACCACUUUUGGCAGAUAUUCUGCGAACACUCAACCACUUUUGGCAGAUAUUCUGCGAACACUCAACCACUUUUGGCAGAUAUUCUGCGAACACUCAACCACUUUUGGCAGAUAUUCUGCGAACACUCAACCUUUUUUGGCAGAUAUUCUGCGAACACUCAACCACUUUUGGCAGAUAUUCUGCGAACACUCAACCACUUUUGGCAGAUAUUCUGCCAACACUCAACCACUUUUGGCAGAUAUUCUGCCAACACUCAACCACUUUUGGCGGAUAUUCUGCCAACACUCAACCCCUUUUGGCAGAUAUUCUGCGAACACUCAACCCCUUUUGCCAGAUAUUCUGCGAACAAUCAACCCCUUUUGGCUGAUAUUUUUUUUUUUAAUUUUGUUUGCUUUCUAUUUCAUCAAUUAAUGCUUUAGAUUAUUUUAUUUUGUUCUGUAUAAACGUGCACGAUAUCUGCAAUCACAUGGGCAACAUCUCUGCUUUCACAGCCCAUCAUCGUUGUGUCUGCUUGCACCCACACUCACGGCUCUUAACUGAACGCUCGGUGGUAACGCUUUGAGUGUCUACGUAAGAUAUGUUUAUGUUUUCAACACGUAUGUCAUGUCUGUGGCGCUAAUGUCUUUAGAAGACGGCAUGCAUUAUUGAUAUAGCUUUGCAAAUAAAAAAAAAAUAUUUUAAUUUAAAACAUUAGAUUUGAAAUUUAGCACGGUUCUGAUCGCUCUUCAGUAAUUAUGGUCAAAGAAGUGAAACAAAAAAGGGGGAUAUUUUGAACAAUUUAUUCUUCCUUGAUUAAGAGAUACAUGGGUAGCUGAUAAUAUUUUCUAAAAUCUGGAACAUGACUUAGUACUUUUAGUAUUCAUCUAAAUUAUUCUAAAUUAACUGUCGGAAUGGACCAAAAUACUAAAUAAAACAGAAAUAAUAGUAGUAUCAUAAUAAUAAAGUUAAUAAUAAUAACUAGUAUCUAUAUAAUAAUUAUAAAUAUAAUAAUAAUAAUAAUUUGAUUAGUCCCUUCGAAUCAGCGUGUGAUGUAGAUUGUUAAGCGUUCCGGUAUGAAACAAUUUAUUCAACGAAUAAAUACUCACUGGCAGUAACAGCUUCCCCAGAUAGUUGACCCAGAUAAUUGACCCAGAUAAUUGACCCAGAUAGUUGACCCAGAUAAUUGACCUGGAUAGUUCAUGUACAGGUCUCACACAAAAAACAACGCAUACAUAAGAAUUUUAAAGCAUCAUUCCUGAAAAAAAAAAAAAUAAUAAACUUUCAACACAUUUAAUUAACUUCAGUGUCAAAAUGUUUUAAUUUUUGCUUAAUGCAAAGUGUUGGAGCUAAUAAUAUCCUGGAGCUAAUGUGAUGGCAAUUGAAUUGAUAUGUAUUGCCUCCCCCCCCCCCUUCCCUUCACGGCCAGAUGGGUUGAUCACGUGUUAUGUCAUUUUCACAGACUUAUCAACAAGCUGCUCGCCUCAGAGGGAAAGCCAAAGGUCAGCUUCCAGAAGAAAGUAGCCUCCCCUUUCGUUGCCAUGGGCAACAUCGAAGCCUUCAACAAAGGCUGCACAGACUAUGGACUUAGCAAAGAAUUUCUGUGCCAGGUAAGGUCUCGCCUAACUAUACAAGGGUAAUAAGGGGAGAGACUGCAGUCAGGUUAGCAAAAUAGGAAAUGAGAUAAAACAAAGUAAGUUGAAACCUGAAAGAACGAACGCAACAAAAUAACGAACGUGUCGGAAGAACGCCUUCGUCAGAGACAAAGAAUUAUCUGGAAUGGAAUAUAAUCACUAUGGAUAUAAUGAAGUCCAUUCGUAUAAGGUUAAAUUGUCUGGAAUGUCAUUUUGUUCAUGAACAAGUGCCCGAAACAAAAAUCAGCUCAUAUUUUCCCGUUUUUAAGAUUUUGCUUCCACAUAAAAAACAUUUGUAUCAUAACAAUUGCAAAUAAAAUUCAUUAUUAAAGCCAUUAUAAAAGCCAUUAUAAAAGUUAUUAUAAAAGCCAUUAUAAAACCAUUAUAAAAGCCAUUGUAAAAGCCAUUAUAAAAGCCAUUAUAAAAGUCAUUAUUUAUAAAAGGCAUUAUAAAAGCCAUUAUAAAGGUCAUUAUAAAAGCCAUUAUAAAAGCCACUUUAAAAAGCCAUUAAAAAGCCAUUACCGGUAUUUAUCCAAUCCUUAGUUUCCACUUCAUAAUGUGGGAUCAAUGGAUUGUUAUUUUUUGUUAAUGCUCAUUAUAUUUGUAUAGUAACAUUUAGCUCGCCUGUCUCUCCACAGAGCACUGAUUUGUGGGAAGGCCGCAAGGGACCCUUCCUCAACGUCAUCAACUGCAUUCACAGUCUUGGAUUCUUGGUGAGUCUUCUUGGUUACAUAAAUCCAACAAACAACAUCAGUAAUGAUUUGUAACUUUGCUCAGUUUGACCGUACAUUGUUAAAAGUGAAGCCCCCCCCCUCCCCUUAGACAGUCUCACUCCAAAAGCUAAGGGAGACAAAGUGACGACCAACAAAGACAAUCACCGAUGUUAGGACUUUGAAAUAAAAAUUCAAGGAGUAGCGAUGUCUUAUGGGCGCUCAGCUGGUUUCAAAAUAUGUAAUUGCUUAUUAUUCUUUAAAAUACAUGUAAAACAAAAAUGAGUUAAAAUCUAUCGUCCUGUAGCAGAUACACAUGACGUCAAUAGACAACAAACUUUUUUUUAUAAAUAGCCUCAAUGACUAAAGGCACACUGCUAUCUCGACAUGGAAUCCUAUUUGCCAUUUUGGAUGAUGUGUUAUUUAUAAUCUCAAAGACAUUGACUGCUACAUCUGCUGUCAUAACAUUGUUAUUUCCGUCCUCAGGCUAACUCAAAAGGGUUCGAUCCCACCUACACUGGCUCACAGACCAAGUUCUUGGACCUCGAGUAAAGAUUUUUUUUUCCAUCGCUCCAGGCUAUAUUAAAAAUCUUCUUUAAAAAACAACAAAAAAACGCUAUCAAUUUAAGACCCCAAACUAGGUCGACGCCAAAACUUCAUAGAGCAGUCGUCAGCGAGAAGCAGUGGAGACUUGACUGCAUCGAUACCGCUUGUCCUCUACUGGCCUUGUCUCAAUAUUCAAUGCUUAUUGUCAAAAUUUAGUUUUUGUCAAUUUUCAUGCAUAUAAUCUUUUUAUUUAUUGCCACGGGGGAGGGGCAAUUAAAAAAAAAGGGGGUGGGUGGAUUUUAAGGGGUGGGGCAUUAAGGAAUAAUCUGUCACGUGCUCUAAUUUUCCUUCUUUUUCUUGAUGUUUUGUAUUGUGUCUGUGAUUAUGUCUGUGUCUGUGAUUAUGUCUGGGUAUGUAGACCUAAACUUUAUAAAGGUUUUUUUUGAUAUACUGACGAAAGCAACUUUGGUCUUUAUCGAAGAAUUCUUUAUUUAAAUUUGGUACAGUAUUCUAUUAAUAGAUUAUGGUCAUUUUUAAAAAAAACAACACCAAAAACCAUCCCCGUGUUGUGGUCGAGGAAAUGUCUCGCAUGAUUGGUUUUCAUCGAUCUUUGUAAGCUUGCUUUCAUUUGCAACAACAACAUUUAAAAAAAAAAUAAUAUUGAAAACAUAAAAUAAUCAAUGAAAUAUGUAUGUGUGGUUUUUGUUUUAAGAAAUCUUCAAAACAAAUACAAGAAUGUUUUAUAACUGUUCUAUAACAUAAAUAAGUUCGUGUUUGAUUGAUUUCAAUACUGUAAUCUUGUGUUUCUAUUUUAUCAUGCAUGACCGAAACACUCAAGUGAAGAAAAUAUUGUAAACAAAAGUU